AUGCAAGGCAUCCCCGAGCCUGUCCACUGGCGUAAGGCCUGCCAGGCCAGCUGUGAACACAUGGACAGGACACUCCUCCUGGGCAUGGGCACAGGAAAACAAGAGGUAACAGCUGGCCGUGGAAUCCUGUCACUGCUGCUUGUUCUGCAUUGGGAACAUGGGACACGGAGCCCUCCUCCUGACAAGGUCACCUGCACAACAGACCGCCCAUAUUCCAGCAAUUUCAUGACCCAGAUCAAGAACCAGCUGGAACAGCUCAACAGCAGUGCCAAUGACCUCCUUGUUCUUUAUUACACAGCCCAGGGCGAGCUGUUCCCCAGUGAAGUGGACAAGCUGUGCAGCAGCCACGACUUGACAAACUUCCCACUCUUCCACGCUGACAGCACAGAGAAGGACAAGCUGUUAGAGCUGUACCGCAUCAUCGCCUACUUUAACACCCUCCUGGGCAACAUCAUGGAGGACCAGAAGACCCUCAACCCCAAUGACCAGAACCUCCACAGCAAGCUGAGCUCCACGGCAGACACCAUUUGGAGGCUUCUCAGCAACGUGCUCUACCACCUGUGCAAUGAGUACAAUGUGGGCCACGUGGACACGUCCUUUGGCCCCAACAUCUCAGGCAAGGAUGUCUUCCACAAGAAGAAGCUGAGCUGUCAUCUCCUGUUUAAGUACAAGCAGGUCAUUGAUGAGUUGGCCCAGGCCUUCUAG